ACCCUUGCAUCCUCGCUCGCCAAUCCCAACCGUUUUCUUAAAUCUUUCCGCCAUGACACUCAUGGCUGCCGUCCUCGUCGCUCUUCUCCCCCUGAUCGUAGGAUCAGGGAGCGCCAGUGGCGCUGGGAUAUCCGGUAUUCCUAACAGGCGUGGGCUCCAGCAGGUGGGGCAGCCGACAUGCCCUGUGCAGUGCCAGGUGGGGCCAAGCGGGCCGCUGGACGCCUGCGACUUCGCGUUUGAAGGCUUCCCUGACACCAUGCCCACCUUCGACAUCGUGCCUCCCAACGCCACGGCGGGCGACUUUCCCAUAAGUCCGCCAGUGCUAGUGAAGGAGGGUUCGGCUGUGACUAUAUCGAGCACCGGCAUCGCUGGCUUCUACUGCACCACUGCGCUCACCGGCCCGUGCGAUGCUGGUAACCAGUUCUACAUCACCUCAGAAGGCAACAGCUCACGCGUCUUCGUGCGCUCGUUCAGCCAGCAAGCGAUGGCGUUUUUCCAGAACAGGUGGGUGCGUCUGCCAAUCCUGACGGCGCAGAUCCCGCAGGGCGGAACUGUGCUCAACAUCAACCCUGGCGACAACAACCCCACUUACCCCGAGGCCCGCCGCUGCGUUGUCUUCACGACUGGACCGAACCCCCCCACCACCUCCUCCUGCUGCCGUGCUGCCAGGGCAGCUGGUCCCCCUCCUCCCCACCGCAAGACUUACUAAGAGAGUGGCUAGCCAGGUCCGCGAUGGAUGCAUUGCCCUAUAGUCUCUUGAAGGUUCCUUGAGGCAUAAACAGCUGAUUUCAUGCGGCAUAUGGGGCUGGGUGGAUUAGGGGGGAUGACAUAUGGGGUAGUUAGCGGGGAUGUAAGAGGACUUGUGUAAAUGACCAUGUUUUAUAUGGUUUUAAGAGG